AUGUACAGAGCAAGAAGCCAGUCAGCAACGUCGCCUAAAGCCAUCCAAGAAAGAAUCAACACGAAAUCAAAAGAAUUGGAGGAGUUACAAGCAGAAUCAGCUAAUUUGAUAUUGGAAUUGGAACACCAGACUCAAUUGGAUCCAGAAGAAAUAGUCAAGGCUCAUAUCCUGGGACUCAAGAAGUAUAAUGAAUUAAAAGAUGUUGCCCUAGGUUUAAUAACGAUGAUUGCAGACCAGAGACAGCUGAGGAUGGCUGAUAUCUUGAAAGAGAUGAACAUAGAGGGGGACGAAAAGUGA